AUGAAUGCCGACGAGGCAGUUCCUGUUGUUAUUGAUAAUGGAUCUGGCAUUAGUAAAUCCGGCUUUGCUGGAGAGGAUUCACCCCGUUCCAUCAUUCCUUCGGUGAUUGGUCGACCCAAAUACGAGUCAGUUAUCAGAGCAAUCUCCGAAAAAGACUCCUACAUUGGCGAUGAGGCGCAGUCUAAAAGGGGAAUGCUCUCUCUUAAGCACCCAAUAGAACAUGGGUAUGUCACUGACUGGGAGGAUAUGGAGAAACUCUGGAAUCAAAUCUUCUACAAUGAGCUUCGUGUUUCGCCAGAGGAACAUCCUGUGCUUCUCACUGAUCCUCCCCUAAAUCCUAAAGCUAAUAGAGAGAGAAUGGCGACAAUUAUGUUUGAAACAUUCAACGUUCCUGCAAUGUAUAUCUCACUUCAGGCUGUUUUGGCUCUUCAUGCUUCAGGAAGGAUGACUGGUUUGGUUCUGGAUUCGGGAGAAGGAGCUACACACACAAUCCCUGUCUAUGAGGGCUAUUCUAUCUCUUCUGCAAUUGACAGGUUAGAUUUAGCCGGCAGAGAGGUAACCGAGUAUCUGAUGAGGCUUCUUCGUGGCCGUGGAAAUGCUUUCCGCUCGACUUCGGAGAGAGAAGUAGUUCGAGAAAUAAAGGAAAAAUUGGCUUAUGUUGCUCUUGAUUAUGAGGAUGAAAUAAUCAAAGCGGAAACGACUUGUGAGAUUGAAAAGGAUUAUGAACUUCCAGAUGGGAAUAUCAUUACAUUGGGAAGUGAGAGAUUUCAGUGUGCUGAGGCCUUGAUGAGACCGGAGUUAAUAGGAAAAGAAUGUCCCGGACUCGCGGACUCCAUUUACCAAUCAAUUAAGAAGUCAGACAUGAAUACACGCAGGGAUCUUUAUCACAACGUAGUUCUCUCUGGUGGUUCAACAAUGUUUCAUGGAAUGGCAGAACGACUGAAAAAGGAUAUUUCCGACAUGGCACCCUCGUCGAUGAAUGUAAGAAUUAUUGCUCAGCCUGAGAGGAAGUAUUGUGUCUGGAUAGGAGGAUCAAUAUUGGGCUCUCUGUCUUCCUUCAGAAAGGUUUGGAUUUCAAGGGAAGAAUAUGAAGAGGUGGGUCCAGGUAUUGUGCAUAAAAAGUGCAUGUAG